UGUUGUUGCCGAAAAACGGUGCUGGAAUUUUGCAAUUGUUUUGUUUUUUUGUUAUUGUUUUUGAGCCAAAAACGCAACAAGUAAACGCCUGCAGUAUUGAAAAAAGGAUUACCCACAAACUCUGCAGGUCGCUCAAGCAUUGAGAUCAGCUGAAGCCUCAAUGGGCCUCCCGACAAAUACUGACUAAAAUAUUGAUACAUUUAUUGGCAUUGACCCGUGGCGGCCCGGGGAGACAAAAAUGAUUUGUCGCUUGUGUCUCAACACUGCCAGCGAUGAAGACAUUAUACAUAUAUUCGAUAGCGCGGGCCAGUCAAUAAAUGUGGCCUCGAUUUUGGCCAAAUACUUUUGGUUCGAGCCAAAGUGUGAUGACCCAAUUUCCACGGUCAUCUGUGUGAGCUGUUGGAGGCGUGUAAAUGACUUUCAUGAGUUCUAUGCCACUGUGGAGAAGGCUCAUCGUCUGCUGACUGAAAGAUUCUCAUUCAAAAAUGAACUGAAACCCAAUAGCACCAGUUUGAACGAAAUCGAUACAGAAUCAGGAACGGAUGGCGGUGGUGGUCAACAUGUGGUGGAUGACAAUGAUGAUUUCUUCUUUCAAAAUACUGACUACGAGGACUGUGGCAAUGACGAUUCCUUCAGCAAUGAACAGUUUCUCAAUGACGUGUUAAAGCAAACAGAUAUAACUGAAGACCCAGACCCCACGGAAACGGACAUUUUGGACUUUAAAGAUGUGCCUAUGAUUAUAGAGCAGUCGGAACAGCGUCGUGAAACAAGAUCCAUUGCCAAGAGCAAAGCAGAAGCUGCCACCACAAAGAAAUCUCCCAAUGUAGCUCCUGCCAAGAAACGUGGCCGCACUCGAAAGGUGGCAGUCGAGGUGGAGGAAGAAACUGCACCCAAAGAGAAACGUUACAAAAACUAUAAGAAUGCCAUGAAGGAAAUCGAUCAAAAAAUAGCCGCUCACAUGCGUCUCACCUGCGAUAUAUGUCACGAGGGACAGGAAACAUUCUUAAAGCUCUGCAAGCAUAUGCAACAGGCGCAUCAUAAAAAAGGCUAUGCCAUUUGUUGUAAUAAAAAAUUCUAUAAACGUUCUUUUCUCACCGAUCACAUUGAUCGUCAUGCCAAUCCGGAUAAAUUUAAGUGUCAAGAGUGUGGCAAGAGUUUUGCUGACAAGCAAUGUCUGAGGAAUCAUGAGCUAUUGAAGCAUCAGCCUGAUGAAGAAAAGACCUUUGUAUGCGAGAAUUGUCCCAAACGUUAUACCAAGCAGUAUUUAUUGGAUCAGCAUCGUAUUAUACACAAAGAAAGAAAUGUUCCAUGCGAUAUAUGCGAAAGGCGUUUUCCAAACAUCUCUUUAUUGAGUUCACAUGUGAAAAUGGUUCAUGGCAAUUAUGGAACCAUGUGCGAUAUUUGUGCUCAGGUUAUACGCGGACGUGCUGCCUUUCAGCGUCAUCAAUUGGAGCAUGCUGGAAUUACUGAGCCCAAGGUUCAGUGUGAUAUAUGCGGCUCAUGGCAUAAGAAUAAAUAUAGCCUAAGGAAACACAUACGCAGGCAUCAGAGUUCAUAUGAGGAAUGCACCUGCAACAUUUGUGGCAAGGUAUCACCCAAUCGAAGUGCCAUGCUCAGUCAUCAGCGUUAUGUGCAUAUGUUGGAUCGCAAACACGAAUGUAGUGUCUGCAAUAAGGCAUUCAAGAAAGCGAUAACCCUUAAAGAGCACAUGACCAUGCAUACGGGUGAAGUCCUCUACCAAUGUCCACAUUGUCCGAAGACCUUUAAUUCGAAUGCCAACAAACAUUCGCAUCGUAAGAAAUGUCAUCCCAAGGAGUUUGAAGAGGCACGCAAAGCCCGUUCAGAGAAGCGAAUGUCAUCGACUGCGACUAACAAUACUCCAAGUGCCACCAGUAGCACUAGCAUUAUAACCAUUGAAGGUGGUGAGGGAGAAACUCAAAAUAUUCUUGUAACAACCACCAGCAGGACAAUCAGUGAGAUUGAAACCUUGGAUGGUGGUGAACCCUUAAAGGCUGAGGAUUUGGAAUUUACAAUCUGUCUUAGUUCUCAGGAGGCAGUGUGAUGCGAAUGCAAAUAAUCUAUAAUCAAUUUUUUUUUUUUUUGUUUUUUAUUAAGUUUCCUUAGGCUAGCAUAAAGAUUAAACAGAAAUUGGAAUGUUUUCAA